CUCCGUUCUGCCGCUCCCGAAGGCGGCCGUCACCGCUCGGUGGCUUCGAUGCAGCGCUGCGGUGCGGAGCGGGGCGCGUUGCGGGGGCUCCCGGCUCUGCCCGACCCCUGCGGCCUCACCGAGCCGGGAGAAGCGGCCCAUGAGAAACGAAAGUGGGUCGAGGCGGUGCUGAGCUGUGCGUUCCUACACCAGAGGGCUGCCUGCCGGCUGGCAGCCGAUGGCUCAGCUCUGCCAUCCCCCAUCCCCUCUGCGCUUGAAGCCCUUCCAUUUUCUGCACUUAUCUGCCCGGUGCCCGGUGCUACACAGGGAACUGAUACUGAGGGGUGAAGGAACCGCUCCCAUUCUUGCAGGACAUGGGAGAAGGGAAUUGAAGCUGCGUUUGGAACAGGACCUGACCCUGAUUUCCCCUUUGGGAGCUCACUCUUCUUCUUCUUUUGCUGGUUUUGAGUUCCACCCGUAGCUGAAUGCAGAUGGGGAAGGUCAGGAGCUGAAGGCCACCUCUGCUGCUCCAUGCUCUGCUCCUGCAGCUUUGCACGAGCUGAGCUUCCCUGGAACCUCCUGAGGAGGUGCUGGGGUAGGGGAGCCCUGCACUUGUUCUUGCAGAAGCAGAAACCCUGCAGAUGCUGAGGGGAAGGAAAACUACCCCGUGCUCAGCAGUGGGACUUCUCCUCUGUGUCCCAGGACUUCUUUCUGCAAACCACUUGGAAAGUCCAUGCCCAAACAGCUCACUCAGACGUGCACAUUUACAGCUUCCCCUCAUGAGCAGCUUUUGCAAUCCAGACCUGGUACCUGCUUCGUCAGCACGAGCUGCAAAAAGGUGAUAAAUGCAGGGAAGAGCCAGCACAACGAGGACCAGGCGUGCUGCGAGGUGGUGUUUGUGGAGAGGAGGCCCAGCCCCAGGGGCCGCCUGCCCUGCAGGGAUGGCAGUGGGGAGCCCAACAGGGGCAGGAAGGGGUUUUAUUUCCACUACUGGGCCCUGUUUGAUGGACAUGCAGGCAGCGGUGCUGCUGUCAUGGCAUCCAAGAGGCUGCACCUACAUAUCUGUGAGCAGCUGCGGGACCUGGUGGACAUCCUACAGGACCCUUCCCCACCUCCCAUCUGCCUGCAGCACGACUCUGAGCUGAGCCAGGCAGAGGACAAUGGGGAUGUCCCUAGUGAUGCUCUGCCACGCUUUCACCUGGAGAAGGCAGUUUCCCAUGAGAGCCUGGUGAUCGGUGCCAUUGAGAAUGCCUUCAAACACAUGGACGAGCAGAUCGAGCAGGAACGGGCAUCCCAGCACAUCUCUGGGGGCUGCUGUGCCCUGGCUGUUGUCUACCUCAUGGGCAAGUUCUACGUGGCCAACGCUGGUGACAGCAGGGCCAUUAUCAUCCGUAACGGGGAAAUCAUUCCAAUGUCCAGGGAGUUUACUCCAGAGACAGAGAGGCAGAGGCUACAGUUCUUAGCGUUCCUGAGACCUGAGCUGCUGGGAAAGGAGUUCACGCACCUUGAGUUCCCCCGCAGGAUUCAGCCCAAGGAGCUGGGGAAGAAGAUGCUGUACAGAGACCAGAGCAUGAACGGCUGGGCUUACAAAAAGAUCGAAGAGGAUGACCUGAAGUUUCCACUAAUCUAUGGGGAAGGCAAAAAGGCUCGGGUGAUGGCCACUAUUGGGGUGACGCGGGGUCUGGGAGACCACGACCUCAAGGUGUUCAGCUCCAACAUCCACAUUAAGCCUUUCCUGUCCUGCUUUCCAGAGGUCAGGGUGUAUGACCUCACACAGUAUGAACACUGCCCCGAUGAUGUCCUGGUCCUGGGUACUGAUGGGCUCUGGGAUGUCACCAAUGACAAGGAAGUGGCCAGCGUGGUGAUGGAGGUGCUGACAAGCUAUGAGCCCAAUGACCCGUGCAGGUACACCAUGGUGGCCCAGGAGCUGGUGCUGCGCUCCAGGGGCAUCCUGAAGGAGCGAGGCUGGCGGCUGCCCAACGACAAGCUGGGCUCUGGCGAUGACAUCUCUGUGUUUGUGAUCCCAUUGGGUGGCCCUGGCAACUACAUGUGAUAAUCUGUCAGCACUGGGCAGAGGGGUCACACUGCCUGGAUGGCCAUGAGCAGGAUGCUGGCACUGCACAAGGCACCGCUCACUCCAGCACUCAAUUCCUGAGCUGACCACAAGAAGAAUGAGGAUCUUGGAGCCUCCUGCCCAAAGCACCCCCCUCACCUACUGCAUCCCUGCCCUGUGUAGAGAUGGAAGGACAGAGCAGAGACUGGGCUCAAGGGCUGGUUUUCUUGGUUGCUGUGAAAAGCCUCAGUGCUCUCUGGCUUCUCCGUGCAUGCUCAGCACCUCGCCCUGGUCCAGGUGUGCUGGUUACAGCCCUAUGACUGGGCUCUGAGUGCCUGUACCCGGUGAAGUCUGUGCUUUCUCCUGCAAUCACCUCCUUUUCCUUCCCUGUGACAUUUACACCAUGGAUGCUGAAGCUUCUGCCUUGGGGUGGGUGUGGAUUGGGGUCCUGCUGGCAGUGGGAUAGUGUCCAUCCCAGCUGCAGGUGCUGUGAGCCCUAAGGAUACCCCAGUCCUGUGCUUGCCCUCUUUGGCUCCUGGGCCCUGUCCUCAGCUGGGCACACUACCUUGGUCUCAGGUUUCAGUGGACGUGACAGGGCUCAGUCACAGAGCACCUGGGAGGAAAUGAGCUGUUGCACUCUCAUGGUGUUUGCCAGCCCCUGGCUGUGCCAUGGGCUCUGCCCACCACCUCUCUUCAUGCCUUGGAUCACUGCUGUAUUUCUAGAGCCAAUUAUUUAUUAUUAACUGGAGAGCUGAGCUGGAAAGUGUCUGAAUUCCUUCUUGGUGUGAGGUGGCAGUCGGUAUGAAUAUAGGUCUGUUAUUUCUGAGCGGUUCUAAUUUGGCAACUGCCGAGCAGCAGUUACAGAGCAGCCCCGUUCAGCCAAGCUUAACAGCUUAAAAUGCUGCAUGAAUCUGCUUAGCUGGGGGUUGGAAGCCUGCAAUAAAAGCAGCUUGGUUGUGGCUGGGAAAUAGGGUGGGCUGGUUUUUCCCCAGACUCGGAGCUGGUUCUGGGCAGGGCUGUAGCUGCAGUUGUUUUCUCUGCAGUAUCCUGCAUCUGCUAUACCUCUCACCUGGGGGAUGAUGAGUUUCCUGCACCUCUGCAGUGUUGCACCCUGCAAAGCACAAAGCGAGACGUAAAUAAACUGGGUGCACUUAGUGGGGAGUGAAAGUUAUCCCGUGACAUUUGUACCUGUGUGCAUCAUUGUGCAUCUCUGUGUCGCAGGGGGAUGAUGCUGGGGUUGAAGGAGCUGCCCUUGUGUGGUUCAAUAAAGCUCGUGCCGCUCGCA